AUGUAUCUUGAGAAGGAAUACUUACUACUACGACUUUAUCCACCAGUUGCGGCCAAUCAGCGCACCGCUGCGGUCGAUACAUUCCUCCCUCAUGGAGGUGGAGACGACGGAAAAUCACCACUGAGCGUACCACGCGGUGCGUCCGUGGGGUAUUCUGUUUAUGCAAUGCAUAGACUCCAGGAGUUUUUCGGGGACGAGGUUGAUGAAUUUCGACCCGAACGAUGGAUAGAAAUCAAGCCGAAGGCGGCUUACAUGCCAUUUCAUGCAGGGCCUCGGACAUGUUUAGGGCGUAAGUUUAUAGCAUCUCUUCGUGCCUUGAGCGACAAGCAUAAUGACCACUGGCUUGCAGAACACCUUUCACUAUGCCUAGCCAAGUAUUCGACCAUUAGACUAUUGCAAUACUACGACUGUGUGGAGAACAGAAAUGUGCAGCCAUGGCAGGAAAAGCUGGGACUUAAUUGUACAUCCCGACAUGGAGUCAAGGUUGGGCUAACUGCUUCAAGUCACAUUCGGUGA